AUGGAAACGGCUAAUGAGAAUAAUGAACAGCCCAACAGUAUCAAGAGAAAGAAGUCUAUAGUCUGGGACUACUUCACAGUCCAGGAAAUCAGUACUGACUGUAAGAAGGCUUUCUGCAAUCAAUGCAAAAAGUCAUUUGCUUACGUUACUGACUCGAAGCUUGCAGGAACAAGCCAUCUAAAGAGGCACAUUAAGGAUGGGAUCUGCCCAGUUGAACGACAGAAAAAUCAGGGGAUGACUCAGGUUAAUUCGUCUACCCCUUUAAAGACUGAUGGUGAGAAACGUACAACCUUACCCAGAAAAAGGGACACAAGUAUGCCUGUAUCAGCACCAGUCCAUGAGAUUGCCAGAAUGAUAAUGCUUCAUGAAUAUCCACUAGAUAUGGUGGAGCAUACUGGAUUCAAUGAAUUUUUACAAGCUAUGCAGCCUCAGGUCAAUAUGUUGAAUACUGAUUCUAUCCAAGAGGAGUGUCUCAGUAUUUACGCCAGUGAGAAGCAACGCAUAUCAGACCUUCUUAAUGGGAGUUUGGGACGUGUUAACCUUACUUUGGAUCUGUGGGCAUCACAACGAAGCCUGGGAUAUGUACUUUUGACUGGCUACUUCAUUGAUAGCGAUUGGAAAUUGCAAAGGCGGAUUCUUAAUGUUGUCAUGCUACCGUUUCCUGAUUCAGAAUCUGCCUUCAACCAUGCCGUUGUAGCUUGCAUAAAUGAUUGGGAUUUGGAUGAUAAGCUAUUUUCGCUAACCUGUGACCAAUCUUUUGCAGCUGAAGCUGUGAGAAGGAAUCUCAGAGGUCUCCUCUCAAUUAAAAACCCUCUUGUUCUCGGGGGUCAGCUGUUACUUGGGAACUGUUAUGCUCGGGUCAUAAGUCAUCUUGCUCUGGAUGCUUUAAGUUCAAUGGUGAAAACCAUAAAGAAAGUCCGCAAUAGUGUUAAGUACGUGAAAACGGCAAAAGGUUGUGAAGCAAAGUUUAUAGAAUUGAAGCAAAAGCUUCAAAACCCUAGCACCAAGAGCCUUAUCAUUGAUGACCGAACAAAAUGGGACACUACAUAUCAUAUGCUGGUGGCUGUUUCCGAAUUGAAAGAAGUAUUCUCUUGUUUGGAUACAUCAGAUCUAGACUACAAACAAACGCUGUCGACAGAAGAGUGGGAACAGUUAGAAAUUCUCUGCAGUUACUUGAAGCUUUUCUUUAAUGCUUCUAAUAUUUUAACUUCUCCUGCCUGUCCGACUUCUGAUAUAUUCUUCCAUGAGGUGUGGAAAAUUCAUCUAGAAUUGACUCAUGCAGCAGUGAGUGUGGAUACUUUCGUUAGCAAUCUGGCCAAACCUUUGCAAGAGAGAUUCAGUGAAUAUUGGAAUGGUUGCAAUCUAAUUCUUGCAGUUGCUGUGACUUUGGACCCGAGGUCAAAACUGGAGCUGGUGAAAUACUCUUUCUCUAAAAUUUAUGGCAAGGAUGCUGGAACUUGGGUCAAGACUGUAAUUGAAGGUAUUCACGAACUGUUUCUUGAAUAUAUUGCGCUAUCGCUUCCUGCACCAACCUUUGUGGUUGAAGACUGUAACAAUAUUGAAAGUGAGAUGACCCAGGAAGAUGCUCUUGUUCCUGCUGGUGAGGAUGGUAUGUCUGAUUUCGAUGUCUAUAUAUCUGAGAUAAUGAGUAGCCAACACAUGAAAUCAGAGUUAGACUUGUAUCUGGAAGAGCCUCUUCUGCCAAGAACAGAAGAAGGUUUUGAUAUCUUGGCUUGGUGGAGAGAAAACAUGCAGAAGUACCCUACUCUCUCUAAAAUGGCAGCUGAUAUCUUGUCCAUUCCAGUGUACACAGUUGCUCCAGAAUCAGUUUUCGACACUGAAACUAAGAAGAUGAAUAGCUAUCAAAGCUCUCAAAGACCAUCGAUGGUUCAGGCUCUUAUCUGUGCAAAAGAUUGGCUGAAGUACGGGCCAUUAAAGGUUUAA